GUAUAUAAUAUUUUGCUAGGAUAAUAAUAAUAUAAUAAUUAAUACAUAAUGUGCAUAAUACAUAAUGUCUAUAUCUCUACUCAUCUCCACUGCCUUCUCCAAACUGACCCAGUUACAUGCAUUAUGUGUUUCCCUGUUUUUAAGUGUAAAACUCAGUAAUUGUUUUUCUUUAUUUGUAAUUAUAUUAUUGUUAUUGUACACAUUUUUAUUUAGUUGUAAUUAUAUUAUUGUUAUAUACAUGUAUCUCCGCACAUUUAUGCUCUUUCAUUAUUGCUUUUUGUAUUUUAAAUAUUUUACCAAGAAAAAAGGAAUGAGAUAUUUAUGCGACAGUGCUGCUCACAUUACGGCAACUACUUUACGACAGCAGCUCCGUUUCCGUCACACGUGUGUACAGCAGCCCAUUCCUCUCACUCUCCAGUGCGGCGGUGUGUUUACUCUCCAACAUGGCUAAAGUUAGUAAGAAGAAGGUGAGUAAGAAGAGGUCCUCUGGGCCGGAGGAGACUACAGCGGUGAAGCCAGAUGUGCCCUACGAUGAUGAGGAAGAUGAGGAUUUAAAUAAAGCAGAUGAAAACAUCACCAGUGAAGAGGAAGAGGACGACGAUGACCGAAAACGCCAAAAGCUGCUGGAAGCCAUCAGCGCUCUCGGUGGGAAGAGGAAGAAGAAGCUGGGAGAGAGGUCCGAGGCGGCUGUCCUCAUGUCUGAGUUUACUGUCAACGCGGAGGGCGAGGGGGACAAGAUGGACCUGUCCGACCUCAUCGGGACCAUGGAGCAGACCCCCGCUGUCUCUGCCAAGACCAAGAAGCAGCUGAAGACCCUGCAGCGGAGCAGAAGGACAAUCGAGUGUCCUCUGAGCAAGCAGGAGAGCCAGAGGAUCCAGAGAGAUGUGGCCUUUCAGAAGGCAGCCACAGAGGUGACCAGGUGGAAGAGCAUCAUCAAACAGAACCAGAGAGCCGAGCAGCUGGUCUUCCCUCUGAACCAGGAGCCCCCUGGUCCUAAACCCAUGGAGAGGGUGGUGAACGGCUGGAAGGCGACAACCCCCCUGGAGCAGGAGAUCUUCGCCCUCCUGUCUGCUAACAAGCAGCCCAUCAAUGACCCCAUCCUGACCCCUGCAGAGGAGGCUUCGAUGAGGGCGAUGAGCCUGGAGGAGGCCAAGAUCCGGAGGGCAGAGCUGCAGAAAGCCCGGGCCCUGCAGUCCUACUACGAGGCCAAGGCUCGCAGAGAGAGGAAGAUCAAGAGCAAGAAGUACCACAAAGUGCACAACAAGGCCAAGCGCAAAGAGUUCGUGAAGCAGUUCGACGAGAUGGUGAAGACGGACCCCGGCGCCGCCUUGGAGGAGCUGAGUAAGAUGGAGCUGAAGAGGAUGCAGGAGAGGAUGUCGCUGAAGCACCAGAACAGUGGCAAGUGGGCCAAGUCCAAGGCCAUCAUGGCCAAGUACGACGAGGGGGCUCGCAAAGCGAUGCAGCAGCAGCUGGAGGUGAACAAAGAGCUGACCCAGAAGCUGGUGACCUCUCUGAAUAAGGAGGAAGAGGAGGAGGAGGAGGAGAAGGAAGCAGAUGAUGCAGAGGUGCUGCCCGAUUUCGUGAAUGAUGCAGAGCAAGGACUGGAUUCUUCUGGAAAUCCCUGGAUGAGAGGGAAGCUCUCUGAAGAGCCCACAGAAACAGAGAUAACUGUGGAUCUCACAGCAGAGGGGCCUGAAGUGGUGGAUAUUACAGUUGAAGAAGAAGAGGAUGACGAAGAGGUUGUGGAAACAGAAGAGGAAGCGCUCCUCAGAGAGUUUGAGAGCAGGAGGAGACUGCGUCAGGCUCAGGAGACGGACACAGUACCUGUAAUGUCUGUGGAUGAUGAGGAGAUUGAAGCUGCAGCAGAGGACCCAGAUGAAGAAGACAAAGAGGAAGAGGAGCUGUCAAACUUCACAAGCCUUUUCAAAGGAAUAGCAGACAUCCGUCGGGAGGCUGAAGCAGAGGAGGCUGAGACAAAUGCAGACGCCAGCCACACAGACACUUCGGCUCAGCUGGAGGAAGGGCUGAUGAGGAUCAGGACUCUGGAGGACAUGGAGCUCCUCAGUCAAGAGAUGUCAGCCGCUGAUGAAGCACCUGCUCAGCCCCAGCAGCCCGCAGAAAACCUGCCAUCUGCAACUCAAAAGGCAGGCAAAAACAAAAAAAGGAAGAGAGGGAUCGAGCUGAAAGAAGUUCUCACCAAAGAGCCGAAAGUCAUCCAAGUCCCACUCGCUCCGACCGUCGAGGACACCGAGGACUCCGAUGAGAAGCUGGACCAGAGGGGGCUGAUCAAAGAGGCCUUCGCCGGAGACGACGUCAUCACAGACUUCCUCAAGGAGAAGAAGAAGCAGGAGGACGCAGGGAAGCCUAAGGUGUUGGACCUGACGCUGCCCGGGUGGGGUGAGUGGGGAGGGACGAACCUCAAGCCGUCCCGCCAAAAACGCAGGAAGUUCAAGGUCAAGACGGCGCCACCUCCGCCCAGGAAAGAUCAGCAUCUGCACGGCGUCAUCAUGUCAGAGAAGAGGAACAGCUCCAUCGGGCGCCACCAGGUGAACUCGCUGCCCUUUCCCUUCCAGAGCCACGCGCAGUUCGAGAGCACCAUCCGCUCUCCUCUGGGCCGCACCUGGAACACAGAGCGGACUGUUAAAAAGAUCAACAAGCCCAAGGUGGUCACCCGGAUGGGCGCCAUCAUCGAGCCCAUGGCUCGGGAGGAGCUCAUGAAGGACAAGAAGCAGGUGUCUAUUGGGAAUAAAAGUGUUGUGGACUCAUGGAAAAGAAAAUCUUAACAUUCUCAUUAUAACAGCUAUUAAUGGUUAAAAGUAAAUAAGAAUGGAAAGUAGUGCAGCAGGUUGUUGGUGAUUCUCCACUACUCAGCUACUCUGUGUGUGUGGGUCUUUGUAUGUGAUGCUCAUCUGUUUAAUGAGAAUAUGUCAGCAUUUAGAGAGCUGGAAUUAUGUAUGUGACAACGAUUUUCUGGAGCCUUUCAUAUUGUGUAUUUGAAAUUAAGAGAUGUUAAAUCAAAUAUAGAAAAUCAACUAAGUGAUGAAGAAUAUUUGAAAUAAAUUCAAUCUUUGGAGUUAAAGAUCUGGUUACAAGACUGUGAGUUGAAUUAUAAACAUUUAUUCUUAAUUAGAUGCAUUACACUGUGUAGCUGUGUUAAUGUUUUUUACAAUGUACCACGCACACACCACAUACAUCCUGCCCGUUGCUGUCAUAUACUGUACUAUAUAGUGUUGUCUGAAAGUGGUGCAGUACAUUUACAACUAAAACGGUAACUGCU